ACGGACGCUCCAGUGAGCGGUGUGUGAGUGCGAUGUGACUCCGCCCCUUUGCUAAUGAUGAGCAGGGACAGAGCCUGGGAAUAAAGAGGCGCUGCUGCUGCUGCUGCUACAGGGACGCUGCGACCCAACGCCUGCCUCUGGAGCGCAUCCCCCCUGCCUUGGCACCGAGCCCCCCUCCCUUCGUACCUGGCACACCCACACAGGAAUACAGGGCAAGAUGGCAGGGAUCCUAGUUUGGUUCUGGAAUGAGAGAUUUUGGCUGCCUCACAAUGUUACCUGGGCGGAUCUAAAGAGCACCGAGGAAUCCACUUUCCCCCAAGCCGAGGACCUGUACCUGGCCAUCCCACUGGCCUUCUGCAUCUUCUGCAUCCGGCUCUUCUUUGAGAGGUUUAUAGCUAAACCGUGUGCUUUGGCCCUGAAAAUCCAAGCGAGUGGACCGCAGAAGGCUCAGCACAAUGCCAUUCUUGAAAAGGUCUUCACUUCAAUCACAAAGCACCCUGAUGAGAAGCGACUGGAUGGGCUUUCUAAGCAGCUGGACUGGGAUGUGCGUAGUAUACAGCGUUGGUUUCGGCAGAGGAGGAACCAAGAGAAACCGAGUACACUCACGCGCUUCUGUGAGAGCAUGUGGAAGUUUACGUUUAACCUUUACAUAUUUACCUAUGGAGCCAGAUACCUGAAAAAGACUUCGUGGCUUUGGAAUACAAGACAGUGCUGGUACAACUAUCCUUAUCAGCAACUUACCCCUGACUUGCAUUACUACUACCUUGUGGAACUCUCUUUCUACUGGUCCUUGAUGUUUUCUCAGUUCACUGACAUCAAGAGAAAGGACUUUGGCAUCAUGUUUCUUCAUCACCUUGCCACAAUUUCGUUGAUUACGUUUUCAUACGUGAACAACAUGGUGCGAGUAGGUACCCUAGUGAUGGGCCUCCAUGACAUGGCUGAUGUCCUGCUCGAGGCAGCAAAAAUGGCAAAUUAUUCAAAAUGCCAAAAAUUAUGUGACCUUCUGUUCAUCGUGUUUGCUUUAGUGUUUUUAAUUGCAAGACUGGGAGUAUUUCCAUUAUGGAUAUUAAACACAACAUUGUUCGAAAGCUGGGAAAUUGUUGGGCCUUAUCCCUCCUGGUGGGUAUUUAACCUACUGCUGGUGCUCCUACAGUUCCUGCACUUAUUUUGGUCUUAUCUCAUAAUCAAGAUCGCAUGUAAAGCAGUUUGCAAAGGAAAGAUCGGAAAAUGGAAUCCUUUGCAUGUAUCAAAGGAUGACCGUAGUGAUAUUGAGUCCAGCUCAGAUGACGAAGACUCAGUAAGCUGGACCAAACCCUCCCAGAAUCCUUCUUCCAAUGGCAUCAGUUCUAACGGAAUGAAUGGAUAUCUUAUGGGUGCAGCUGUUUCAGAGGAGCACUAGCUCGCCCACUGGGCCCAACCACAGAACAAUAAACUCUUUGCAACCGGAUACGCUCCUACAUAGAUCUCCCGCACCACGAAAUGAAUCUAGAAAAUGCAUUCAACUAGUGCACUGCCGGGUUUUCCUUUUCUUUUAUUUAUUUGGGGUAUUUUUUUUUUUGUGAAUGAUGAAGGAAUAUCUGUCAGUAUGUGUAGGCAUGUGUAUUGUUCCAGCAACUGGCACUAUAGGAUAAGUAUUUUCAUAAGUCUGGAUGUUAUUUAUUUUUAUAUUUGUUUCGGAAAAAAAAUUGUUAAAAAAAAAAAAAGAAAAAUGCACAUUUUUACUUGUUUUAUUUGUUUGCUGAUUGUAAAGCUGAAAUGAUAUGUUUGCAUUUUAUCUUACAGUAUUUGAUAGCCUCUGACAUAUUAGUUUAAAGGGGAAACAAGCUUUAGGGUUACAAUACUGCACAUACAGGAAGUCACACAUAUAAAUCAAAAGGAAUUAAGGAAAGAAGGGAGAGUUGGAUAAUAAAAUGGAGCUGAAAAUUAAAUCAGUUGUUGAUAAUAAUGUAGGGAGGUGUUUUUAAUGGAAAACAUUGGGCAAUCUAAGUUAGCGAGGCUCAUUUAUUGUGCUUAGCUGGCUGUAUGCAUUUCUACAUGGACAAAGUUACAAAAAUAGUUGCAACUGCCUUGUAGAGUAACCCAUGGCAACCAAUUAACAAUUAUUCUAAUUAAAGCAAACCUCUGAUGAGUUAUCCUGAAUUGUUGUACUGCAGAAGAGUAAAGGGAUGAAGCUGACACAUGAAAUACAUGGACAAAAUGGCUGAUUUUGCGCAGUCCACCAUUUUUUUUUUUGCAGUUUGCUCCAUGCCUGGCUCAUUGAAGAAUUUCAGCUGGUCUCUGAGCAGUUUGAGAGCACAAAGACCUGCCUGCAAUUGGCAAUGAAGAGGGCUGGGAGGAGGGAUGCCUAUCCAUCCCCUAACUUGGUGUCAUUUACAUCCAACAGUAGUAGACACAGGAUGCAAAAGGCUUGCUUGUAUCUGCCAUCACUGCACACCGCACCCUGUGCCAUAUUAUUUAUCCAGCACAAGAAUUUCAAGUGCAGUCGGGCCACUGUCACCAGUGCUCUUUUAAAACUAAGGGGACAACUUUUGUGCCCCUUAGUUCUCUUGCACUUCUUUCUAGGAUCACAGUAAAUGUCCCCCUAAAGUGACCUUGUGCAAGGGACAGAGAAGAGGGGAACGUGAUCUCUUUUUUUUAUACUCUUAUAUUUCCACAUACAGAAUAGAUGUUUUGAUGCAAUUAAACAGUAAAUGCCACUUUGGGGUGACAUAGCCAAUCACACCAAAGAGAGAGUUGUUUGAAGGUGUACUUGCCAAACAAUAUAGAAACUGGCAUGUUUAAGGGUAAAAAUGCAGAAAUAUCCUUUAUCUGAGAACAAAGACUUUUACUUGAGGCCUUUAGCAUGUUUGUACAUUCUGAAAGUGGCAAAAUAUGACAUAUACCAAUCCUAAAACGUAUUCUUUUGCUCCCCAUGGCUCUCCAAAAUAUAUAACCCACUCGAUGCAAGAGAAUUCCCCAAUAAGAAUCAUCCUAACCAGCUCUACAUCAGGCAUCUCUCACAUUUCAGCUGUGGAGAAGUGUUUUAGUCAGUGUUUUAGUCCCUCCUCCCCUGCCAGGAUUUCAAUUGGUGCAGAAAGAGAAGAACUGUUUUGCAGCUGGAUGUCGGCAUUUUAUUCAUACCUUCAGAGGAGCAAAUUACAGUUAUAGUUGUAUUAGGGGUUUCUGUGUUGUGUGGGGCUCAUUAACACAUUUUGGCUCGGAAGCUGGAUUUCCCUUUUAAUUAAACCGAGGCUGAACCAGUCCAUUGUUUCUACCUGCUAACUAUUUAGGCCAUGAGAAUAUCUUGUGCCCACUUCACAGUUCAUAAAUGAGCUUUCUAAAUUUUUUUUUUUUGUAAUACCACGGUGGUUAACGGGGACAGAAAUUGACCUGAAUAAUUAAAUGGAAUCUUCCAGUUUUGUUCCAUCCAAAUGUUAAUAUUCUGCAACCUACAGCAUUUUCCAAAAUAACCCCAGGAUUAGAGUGUGCCGAGACCCAUAGACCAGCAGCACCAUUCCAGUAUGAUUUCAGCCUUUUAAAUAAGUAGAAUUCUAUUCCACAUGAACCGUUUAUAGCAAACCUCAUUGCUGUAUCUUUUGGGGAAACAAUUUAUAUAACAAUUGACUUUAAACAAUAGAAUCAGAUACAGAUUUUUCUUUUUCCUGAUUUUGUUGCAGUGUUCUACAAUAAUAUUUCCUUGAUGCUUUAAGACCAUUACUAUGGAAGCUCCAAAGCAGAUUCUGUGGCAGUGAAUUUUGUUUUUUGAACAAUACACUUAAUUUUGUCAAAGUACGCGUAUUAAUAUAUGCAAUAAAUAUAUGAUAUCCGCA